UCCUGCUAUUACGUUAUCAACAUCACCGCCUCCUCUCUCAAUCCCUCUCUGAAACAGAAAAACAAGUCUUAACCCUAACUCUCUAGCUCCCCCUCCAUACAUCCUUCUCUCUCUACCGCGUGCACCUCAAAAUUUGAGAGAGGGCUCAAAUCCAUCGCUCCCCGAUUUUCUCUCGAGCUCUCUACAUUCGUCGACAUUUAUCUCGUUGAAACCCUAAUCAUCCAUUCACGUCCUUCAUCCAUCUUUCAAGCUCUAAAAUCACAUCCCAAUAUUCGUUUUAUCUAAAUGCUUCAUAGGAUUUUCUUAUAUAAUAAAAUAGGCUCUAUCUUUUGAAACCCUUACUAUUUUUGAUCCAGAAUCUGACUCUCAAGACUUGUUAAUAUUUGCAUUAAUUGAUUUCCUCAAAUCAGAAAAUUAUCUGAUAUUUUCAAUUACAAUUUUGUUUUUUUUGUUUGAACCAUAGAAAUUUUCUUACAAUUUUGUUUUUUUUUUUUUGUUUGAACCAUAGAAGUUUUCUUACAUUCUUUAAUAAUCGUUUUGUUCUUAAAGUUUUGAUAGCAUAAUCAAAUUGUCUCGGAAAUUUCAUUUUUGUUCAGUGUUCUAAAUUCUGGAAAACAUUGUAAUUUUCCCUGUUUUAAAGCUUUUAUACAUUUGCAUACUUGUGCCAUAUCUGGGAUUGAGGGAGAAUGGUGGGUGGUGGUAACAGGAGAGACGAUGGGUCGUCGGUGAUCAACAAUACCAACGUUUUUGCAGCGCUUGACAGUCUUAGGAAGAAGAAGAAGAACGAUAAGUCGAAGGGUAAGGGCUCUUCAAAGGCUCCAGCAAAGGAGCCUGAGCCGCAGGUUAUCUGGACCCCAGCUCCUUUGAAGGUGAAAUCGUGGGCAGAUGUGGAUGAUGAGGACGAUGAUGAUUAUUUUGCAACCACUGCUCCGCCUGUGUCUGUUUGGGAUUCGUCGGAAUCUCAGCAAAAUGAGGAGAAGGCCCAUGUAGAGGAAAGUGAAAGUGAUGACGAUAUUCUCGAUGAUGAAGAUGAUGAUGUGGAGGAAGAACAUGACAAUGAACCAGAGGCUCCAGCACAUCCUGAGCCUGUGGUGAAGAAGGCGCCUGAUGUUUCUUCAGCAUCUAAAGAAACAGAAAGACAGCUUUCAAAGAAGGAAAGGAAGAAAAAGGAGCUUGCGGAACUCGAGGCCCUUUUGGCUGAUUUUGGAGUUGCCCCAAAAGAUGAUAAUGCUCGUGAAGACUCUGGGGACGUUGCAAAAGAGAAGAAAGAGGGGGCACCAAAUGGAGUUGUAGAUGGAGAAAAGAAGGAAAAUGCUCCUGCUGAGUCCAAAAGUGCGAAGAAGAAGAAAAAGAAGGAUAAAUCUUCGAAGGAGGUAAAGGAGUUGCAGGAUCAAACUGACAGCUCAAAUGUCAGUAAUGGGCAAGAGGAAACUGCUGGAACCAAGCAGGCCGAAGAAGAUGCAUCUGCUAUUGAUGUAAAAGAGCGGCUAAAGAAGAUGGCAUCAAUGAAGAAGAAGAAAUCAUCUAAAGAGACAGACAGUGCUUCAAAAGCUGCUGCAAUAGAGGCUGCAGCAAGGAGUGCAAAACUUGCUGCAGCAAAGAAGAAAGAGAAGAAUCAUUACAACCAGCAACCGGUGCGGUAAGAGCCCCUUUAGUUCAACAUUCACAGAUCAAGAGAUGCAUCUCUUAUGCAUCUCUUAUUGUUCAUUUGCCAAAUCCGAAAUAAACAGCUUCUUUGGGGUGUAUUCACUUGGGAAAAAAAAAAAUUUGUUUCUCCUUUUGUCUCACUAGUCAUAUGACAUUUUUUUCCAGACAGUUAUGUCAUUGAAAAUAUUUAUGGUAUUUGGACCUUAUUGCUCAUUGUAUAUCAGAGUAGUACCUUCUACAACCUA